AUGGACAUCACUGACCUUUUAAAACUAACUUUGUUUCUUUUUGUCUCUAGUGACAGCAUAUUUCAGAUUAUCAGCGUUUCCAAGGAAACGGGUCUGGGCCUGCAGAUUGUAGGAGGCAUCGACAAGGAUGAAGGGCCCUUGGUGUAUAUUCUGGCAGUUAUUCCUGGAGGAGACUGUCAUAAGGAUGGUCGAUUGAGACCUGGUGACCAGCUUGUAUCUGUUAAUGGGGAAUCAUUGAUUGGGAUCACCUAUGAAGAGGCAAGAAAUCUAAUCAACCAAACACAGCCGAGGAAAGAAUUUCUGGCCUUGAUGGAGAAGUACAGUUCACACAAUAACUCCAGUAGGAAUUCCCCAACGCAGAUCCUAACUGGCAUUAAAAUUAUUGGAGGCUGUCAAGAUCAAUCCAAAGAAGAGUAUGGAAUUUUCAUAAAGGAGAUAUUACCUGAAAGGAUAGCUGAUCAGUUGUGUAUUGGAGAUUUGAUUUUAGAAGUGAAUGGCCAAAAAUUAUGUGGUGUAACUAAUGAAAAAGCUGUUGACAUGUUACAGAUGGCAUCGGCAACCAAUCACGUGUCUCUGUUUAUUGCCCGAGAUGAAGAUGCAAACAGUUUUAAGAUGAAAACUGAAUUCAAGAAAGGAGAGCAAUUUUGUACAUUUUCUACAGACAACAGUUUCAUUGGUGUAUCAGCUGGAGCUGUUAGCCCCUCUUGGAGAAUUGAUUAUGGACCACAAAGGAAGAUUUCCCUCAAUCCCUCAGUUCGCCUCAAAGCAGAUAAACUAGAGAUGGCUUUGAAGUUUCUUGGGAUUCAGCCUACAAAAGAAGAGCAAGAAAUCCUAAGGCAACAGCUACCAAGAGAUUCUGAAGGAACAGUCUGUUUUGGAGAUUUUAUUCAGGUGGCAAGAGAUUUAUUUUCUCAGCAGCUGGAUGAGACUGGUCACAGCCCUGUACAUGAAAUUGCUAAAUUACUAGAUUCACAGCUUGUAUCUUGUGAUCAUUUGGAAAGACAUGAAAUGGAACAACUUAGGAAAGAGAAAAAUGAAGCUUUGAAAGAACUAUGUCAACUGAAGGAAGAAUUGGCAAAGUCAGAAUGUGUGAGAAAACAACUAGCUGAAGAGCUGCAGAUUACCAAACAAGAAGCCAAGGCAUCUGUGGAGGAGGCGAGAACCUUGCGAAGCAGAAUCCAUCUCGCAGAAGCGGCUCAAAAGCAGGCUCGUGGAAUGGAACUGGACUAUGAGGAAGUAAUCAGUUUGCUGGAGAUAGAAAUCACCAGGCUGAAGGGUCAGCUUGCUGAUCACGGUGGCCAAAAUAAAGAGAAUGUGCAAGAUUUAAGGAAGAGGGUUACUGUGCUUGAUUGUCAGUUAAGAAAAUCUGAAACAGCCAAGAAGACCUUUGAAGUGGCAACUGAAAAGUUGCUAGAAUUUGUUGAGACUGUACCUGAAAUGCUAUUGCAUGGCAGUAGUCCUCCAGUCACUUUAAGUGAUAGGAAAGCCACGAUCUCUUCAAAAAUGCUCCUUGCACAUCUGGGACGGAAUGGCCACACUCUUGCAGCAUCUCUUGCCACAGAAGCCAAAGAACUUGCUAGAUCUGUCCGGGCUAUUCUAGAAGCAGAUUGUCUGCCUUAUGGGUGGGAAAAAGCGUAUACAGCAGAUGGAAUCAAAUACUUCAUCAAUCAUGUGACACAAACAACAUCCUGGAUCCAUCCCGUCACUAAUGUACUUGCCUUGUCAUGCUUGGAAGAAAACGAGGAUGAUGGUUUCAGAGAACUUCCGGAUCCCCAAACCUGAGACCAUAGAUGAAAGACAACCUGCUUCCAACAGUUUAUUCAUCAACAGAAAUAAAUUAAAGCUUGGUUAUUGUUUAUGUACAACAGAUUUUCAAGAGAAACAAUUGCCCUCACAAGAUCAGUAUUAUACAGAAGAACCAGUUUCAUAUUACAAGAGCUUAAUUUUAAUAUUGUUUAUGUCCUUCCCAUUACAAAUUCACAUUCUUUGCAAAUUAACCAUGAAUAUCUUCUUGCAUUCCUGACAAUUAUUGCUGGUAACAGAUGAUAUCUGGCCCAAGAGCUGAAUUGUUUCCUAUUGUAUGUUAUUCAAUAGUGCUGAGUCCCUCAAGCUAGUCCUACCAUGAGGUAGAUUUAAAAGACUAGUAUCAGAAAGUUUGGGGGUAUAGAAAGGUAACAAAAACAGUUGUUGAUUUUCAGGUUUUGUUUUGAUGCCCUUGAGUCAACAUUGAUCCUGAUGAUACUUUGGACAAGUCCCUGAAGUUUUAUUGGCAAGAUUUUGGAAGUGGUUUGCUCUUGCUUUCUUCCUAGGUCUGAGAGACUGGCCACAAAGUCACCCCACUGGCUUUGUGCCUAAGGCAACUAAAAUUCACAGUCUAGAUUUCUAGCCUGGUGCCUUCAUCACUUCAUUAGAUUGGCUCUCCAAUCUAAUGCAGAUUGCAAAAAUGUUAUUGCAUUUUUAAUGGAAGAGAUGGCAGGGGUUGUAGCUUAAAAGUAUACUUCCUAGGAUAUCUUGAGGAAUUUCCACUGGAGUUGAGUAACCAGUCAGCACUAUUUGUUCGCCUAGAUCUGGAAAUAUCAGUCUAGCUACUCUUUAUAGCCCACCAAAGCUUAUGGCGUUUAAUGUAUUAGUCAGAAACGAUGCUACAAGACUCUUUCUGACACUAUAGACUAUCAUGGCUGUCUUCUUAAUGUUGCUACCAAAUUAAUGAUGUAUCUGUUGUGCAACUCUUUAGUCCCAUACAUUUCCAAACAACUAUCAGUACAUAGAUGUAAGUAAUUAGCACAGCAGUUUUAUUUUACGCUGAGCAAUAGUAACAUUUCAGCAAUCUGUAGAUGUUUGAGGGUUUUUUAAACCUAUUAAUUAAUAGCUCUUCAGAAGUAAGUAGCUAUGUCCAGUGUAUUUCUUUAUCCUAGCAUCAUAUUGCUGGGCAGAUAAGUUCCAGUCACUUCACAUUUUUUACUGACAUGUCAUCAAAGCAGAUUGUUUUCUAUUUAAAAGCAAAAUAUUUUCUAGCCUUGACUUUUUUUUUUAUAAGUUACAACAUGUAUUUCAUUAUGCAGGCAAAUGCAAAUGGGAUAUGUAAUGUUAAGAUAUAGUGCCUUAGCUGUUUAUAAGUAUUAGUAGUGUUCUUAAUAGUUUUUAUAACAAAAUUAGCCUAAUUUUUAACUUUUUUUUAUUUCCUAUGAGUUUUCCAAAUUUUUCACCUUUUCUCUUUGCACAUAAUUAUAAUAGGCUAAUGAGAGACAUUGUACUGUUAUUGCAUUCAAUCUUAAAAGAUGAAUAAAUGAUAUUUCUUUCAAGGUU